UUCAUCGUACAGCCGCAGGGCCCAGACAGUCAUUCGCUUAUUUGGCAGGGCGCUACCCCGUUUACUUUCUCCUUUCGCUGUAAGCCAGACGGUACAGUCGGUUAAAUCGAUCCCGCGAGAAUGCGUGUGGUCUCCGCUUACCUGCUGGCGGUUCUGGGGGGCAAGGCCAGCCCCACCGCCGAUGAUAUCAACAAGAUUCUGAGCUCCGUUGGUGUUGAGGCCGACGCUGAUAAGGUCAACAAGCUCAUUUCGGAGCUGGAGGGCAAGGAUUUGCAGGAGGUCCUCGCCGCCGGCCGCGCCAAGCUGGCUUCCGUGCCGUCCGGUGGUGCUGUUGCCGCUGCCGCGGCUCCGGCUGCUGGUGGCGCGGCUCCAGCUGCUGCUGCCGCUCCUAAGAAGGAGGAGAAGAAGGAGCCUAGCGAGGAGGAGGUAAGCGUGGUGUCACGGCGGUGUAUGCAGUGGAUGGUCUAGAAGCUUGGGUAUUUGGGUCUGGAUUUUUUGAAUGUCAUGCUGCAAGGCAUUUCAUCUGUAUGUAGUAGACCUGUAAGUAUUCCAGAGGUGCGAGUUGUAUGUGCAGCUGAUUUUGCGCUCCACACCCUUUCCUUCCGUGCAGGACAUGGGCUUCUCCCUGUUCGACUAAACGGGUUCCGUGUGUUAAGCGCGGCUUGUUACUUCUCGGCAGUCGUCUGUAAACAUCUAGCCAUGG